AUGGCGGCCCCAAGAAGUGUACAGCGAUUGCAGCAGACGCUGUCGCAUGUUCAGCCUCCAACGAGUCCACAGCUGUCGGUUGUCGCUGGUCCGACAGAACCACAGCUGUUGGAUAUUACAUUGGGCGAAUUGUUGACAUUGCAAGCAUUGCAAUAUGGAAGAUUAGAAUGUCUCGUAUUCCCCUGGACAGGAGCGCGAUGGACAUACGGCCAACUAAAAGACGAGACUAAUCGUCUUGCGCGAGGCAUGCUCGCCUCGGGAAUUCAAAAAGGAGAUCGAAUUGGUAUCAUGGCCGGCAAUUGUGAACAAUACAUCUCGGUGUUCUUUGCCGCGGCUCGGGUCGGAGCUAUUCUGGUGGUCCUGAACAACACGUAUACCCCCUCGGAGCUGUAUUACGCUUUGAAUCAUAGUGGAUGCCGAAUGCUUUUCAUGACCCCGCGCAUUGGACGCCACAAUCUCGAGGAGGUUUUAUCCGAACUUGGCCCCAACCCUAAACAGGCGGGAACUUCGGAAUCGCUGGAGGAAAUUGUUACGCUGCGUGAAAAAUACCAGAAUUUCGCUAGUUAUCAGGAAGUCAUACAGCGGGGUGUGUCGCAAGAGGCGCAUUUGCUGCAGGAUCGUGAGAGUGAAUUGCGCCCUGAUGAUGUUUGCAAUUUGCAAUUUACCAGUGGUUCAACGGGAAACCCUAAGGCUGCGAUGUUGACGCACCACAACUUGGUUAACAAUUCUCGAUUUAUUGGAGAUCGAAUGAACCUGACUUCAUUCGAUGUCUUGUGCUGCCCUCCCCCCUUGUUCCACUGCUUCGGUUUGGUCUUGGGCAUGUUGGCCGUUGUCACUCACGGCGCCAAGAUUGUCUUCCCUGGCGAAAUCUUCGAUCCCAAGGCUGUGCUCCAUGCCAUCUCCGAUGAGAAGUGCACUGCUUUGCACGGUGUUCCGACCAUGUUCGAGGCUAUUCUGAGCGUGCCCAAGCCUGCCAACUUCGACACCUCGAACCUGCGCACGGGUAUUAUCGCAGGAGCUCCGGUUCCGCGACCACUCAUGAAACGCCUCUUUGCGGAACUCAAUAUGACAGAAUAUACCAGUAGCUACGGUAGGAUCGAUCUAUCGUUUUACUGUUCCAUCAUGCUAACAAGCCCAGGCCUGACGGAAGCCUCGCCAACAUGUUUCAACGCCUUCACAACAGACAGCAUCCACACACGCCUCACAACAGUCGGAAAAGUGCUACCACACGCACGCGCGAAGAUCAUCGAUGCGCAGGGCAACAUCGUCCCAAUUGGCCAGCGCGGCGAGCUCUGCAUGUCCGGCUACCAACUCACAAAAGGAUACUGGCACAACCCCGAGAAGACAGCAGAAACAUUCAUCACGGAUUCCGAGGGCGUGAAAUGGCUCAAGACCGGCGACGAAGCCUCAUUCAAUGCCGAGGGAUACUGCACAAUCACGGGACGAUUCAAAGAUAUCAUUAUCCGCGGCGGCGAAAAUAUCUACCCCCUUGAAAUUGAGGAGAGGCUAUCCGCUCAUCCCGCUAUUGAACUCGCUUCUGUUAUUGGGAUUCCGGAUCCUAAGUACGGAGAGGUUGUUGGGGCGUUCAUUGCGGUCGCGGCGGGUGCGGCGCGACCCACUGAUGAUGAAUUGAGGGUUUGGACGCGCGAGACGCUUGGUCGGCACAAGGCGCCGCAGCAUGUGUUUGUGUUUGGUGAGGAGGGGGCGUCUAGCGAGGUGCCUGUUACGGGUAGUGGAAAGGUGCGUAAGGUUGAUUUGAGGGAUAUGGCGACUGCGGUUUUGGCGCAGCGGAAGUAA